AAAUAAUCAUUAUUUCAUAUUUGCUGGUGAAAUGAAAUCACAAAUUAAUAAGAAUGUGAAAAACUGAAAUGGUAAAUUCUGGACUAGUAUUGCUGUGAUUGUUGCAGAGUGUUUACAGUUAAAAUUAUAUUAAAAUCAUCUCGCCACUCACAAGGGUUAACUAGUGAAAUAAACAUGGUAAAAAAAAGGAAAAGUGUACUAAAAUCUUCGACACAGGUUGUUGAUUCACCAAUGAAAGAACCAAGAAUUAUAAGAGGUAAUCAUUUAGAAAAGGCUCGCAACAGUUUAAAUGAAGCUCUUGAUGUUAUUACAAAGAAGGAGCAAAAAAAAGCCGAUGAUGUGACUGAUAACGAUGUAUUAAUUGUAGAAGAAAAUGAUACAAAUAAGCGAAUAAAGUUAAGUGAAUCCAAGCAAGAAGUUAAAGAUUCAUUGGUAUUAAAAUUACGAGAUCGUAGCAUAGAUUUAGCUUCUUUUACCAAUAAUUCAGCAAUGUACUCUAUAUGCCGAGCUUGGAUAAAAAAUGACCCAUUAUCAGCAAGACAAGUAAAAAGUAAAAAAUCUGAAAAUCUGGAACGUUCGCUUAAAGUUGAUAGUGAAUCAUCCACAAUCGAAGAUUAUGUCUAUAAGUUACCACCUCCUAAAAGUAGAUCUGAAGAUGAAACUGAUGUAAUUCGCAGAAUACCUAUAAAUUUACCAAAGGACGUAGUAACCAAAAUGGAUAUUAAAAAUAAUAUUAAAGAAGUUCCUACUGUCAGCGAAUUACUUAAUGAGCACAGAAAAAGAUGGGUUUGUAUACGACAGCAAUGGAUUAAAUUCAGUAAUGAAAAUGAAUCCCGCUACGCUAUGUCAAAAAGCAUUUUGAAUUCAAUGUUAAACAAAGAUAAUAAUGUUUAGUACCGUCAAUAUACCAGUCUACAAGAAUAUAAUAUUUUUAUCAAUUUUUAUUUUUAGUUAAGAAUUAUGUUUAUAUUGUAUUAUGUAUUAUAAUUAUUAUACAACAGAAUUAAUUUUAAUGUAUUGAAGAGUGUAUUGGAAAUUUAUCUAUGUUUAUUUUCUUCAUAAAUUUAAAUUUAAAGUAUUGUCAAGUAACAAUAUUAUUCUAGUAUGAUUCUUAACACUUUUAACAUUGUGACAUAUUGAGAAAUUAUUAUUUAUCAUUUUAUCAACCACAAUGUUAUAGAUAUUUUAAUUCAAACAUAAACUACGAAAGUAAUAAAAUAGAUAAUUAAAAACCUCAAUUAGUACACCUUUAUUAUUCCUUAGUAAAUGGUUCGUGUUUUAUAAUAUAAAGUCAUGGGUGUAACUAAGAUUUAAUAGUUACAAGAGUCUAGAGUUCUCAAAAACCAAAAUUCAAAAUAAGUUAUUGGAGGAAAGAAGAAAUCUCUCCAUAUCCACCAUUAAAAGUGUGUAUAGAGUUUAGUAGUCGCAGGGUGUUCUAUGAAAUCAAAAUUUUAAAUAAACCAUUGAGUCAAGAUGUCUAAUAUCUGUAUUUACAUUCAAAUAUUCCUAAAAUUUCAUUAUCGAUCAUCUUAUUAGAAGAAUCUUUUUCAAUGUUUAUUAUGGCCAGAUCACAAAAAAAAUCUAUAAAUCUGUUUUGGAUCAUUGUUGAACUGAUAUAAAUUUUUAUUCUCCUCAUACAAUAAAAAUAUCACUUUGCAUGUAGUUGAUAUUUUAGGUAUAGUGGCUAGACUAUUAGUAAUAUUUCACACAUAUUUAAAUAGAUUUCCUAUUGUAUAUCUGGUUUAAUAAGUUGAAAUUGCUUUUUGACUUUCAAAAUAUUAAUAUAUCAUAGACAUAAAUAUAUUGACUAUUACCGACUUAUUAGUUACUUUACAAUUUUACAUAUUAAACCCAUUUUUUUUUAUGCGAAUACUUGAAAUGUAGCCAAGAGGUAUAAAGGGGAAUAAUACCUAUAAGGAGGCUCAAUCCCCCUUUCCUAGUUAAAGGUACUGAUGUAUAAGAUGUUUAUAUAAUAUACAAAUAUACAAUUCAUUAUAAGUAAUAGUAUAUCUAUUAAACAGCAAAUAAAGAAAUGUAUAGCCCUGAUGUUUUGUAUUAGGUAAAAAAUAAUAUGAAGACAGAUUUUUAAUAUUAAUUAGUUCAAAACUUAAAUUGUCGAAAGAAUUCAUCGAAGAAUGCUCAUUUCAUUUGGAGGGGCUCAUUAAGUGUUGUGAAUACUAUACAAUGCAGGAAGUACAAAAAUUUAACAUUAAAAUGGAUGAUGAUUUUGAUUUAUGCCUUAUAGUUGUGACCAGAACAACAUAAAUUAUUAUAAUAAGUAUUUGGAAAGUGUUGACUACCAAUUGGGUAUCUAAUGUCUAUUUAUAUGUGGUUACGAGUUUAUGACCUUGACGGGACGGUAACGACCAUUAGGCGAAACGAUACAAUUUCUCAGUGCCUAGGGCUAAAAAAGUUUAAAAUAAACCUGUAACAGAAUUUUACAGAGAGAAGAAAUAUUUGAGAUAUUAUAAUAAUAGCAUUUAGAUCAACAAAAUACAAAUUAAUGUAUCUCUAGAUCGAUUAAAAAUUUAAAUACAAAAGUUAAAUCGAAUAUUUUUAAAAUAACACACCCAUAUCAACCGGUUGAUAACAUUUUAGAUUUGAUAAAAAAUCUUAUAAGUUUUCCUAAUAUUAAUAUAGAAUAUACAUUACCCC